CUGCUCAGACGGCCUUGCACAUUAACUUGCAUCUCCUCAAGAUGGCCUCCAGCGACGACCUCGAAUCCGCAAUUUCCCAACACCUCCUCCAACCUCACACAAUCCCCUCCAAACCAUCCUCAAAAGCCGCACCCCCAUACCCCUCAUACGUAAACCGCUUCCCUUCCUCCAUCACAGACAUCGCAAUGGCCGUACUAGGCCUCCAGUACCCAUCCUCCCCAUCUUCUCCCACACUCCCCACACCCACCCUCACCAAAUUGCUCUCCUUCGUAACAUCCGGGCCCUCAGAAUCCCUCCCCUCAUUCUGGGAACCCAGCUCCUACACCGACGCCGGAUACUUCAACAUAGCCCUCAUCGCAUACUGGCCCUCGACCCAGGCUUUCCGUGACUGGAAAGCAGAUUCCGGCUUCGGCGCAUGGUGGGACGCACUGGACGCUGAAACGCUAGAUUGUGGAUACUUUCUCGAAGCCUUUCUACCGUCUAUGGAGCGCUUCGAGACUGUGCUCUCGCGGACGGAUAUCCGCGAGGGAUCGGCGCAUAUGCGCGACAGUAUCAGUGGCGCGGUGAAAGAGCAUGCGUAUUGGGGUAGUAUGCGGGAUCGACUUCCAGCUGCGCAGGGCGACGAGCUGGCUGGCGAGAAGGGAGGAACGACCGCAGGAGAUAAGGCGUAUGGAGGAGAUACAGAUACAUCGAAACGUAGGAUCCGCAUCCCCGGCCGCAAGAACCUCACCAUGAUCCGCUCGGGGCAAGACUGGUCUAGCACAACCCCCGAAGAACGCGACCUCUACCUCUCAACCAUGCACCCGGUUCUCAUCGCGGGAAUGGACUUCCUCCGCGACGAAGGCGAGGCAAUCGGCUGCUAUAGCUGCCGCUUUAUGUCGGUCCUCUCGUCUGCGACGUUUAGCGCGGAUACAGAGCGCACGUUUGGCCUGGCGUACUUCGAUGAGCUCGCGAGCUUGGAGACGUGGUGUAAGGGGCAUAAAACGCACCUUGAUAUCUUUGGACGGUUUCACAAGUAUGCGAAGGAGUUGGGGGAGAAGAUGAAGUUGAAGCUUUGGCAUGAGGUGGCGGUGUUGGAGCCGGGGCAGCAGGUGUUUGAGUAUGUGGGGUGUCAUGGGAAGACGGGGAUGCUGGCGACGCUGGGGUAG